GAGCGAUAUGCGACAGUGUACCGCUGCGGCUCGAUGACCACGCUGACCUGUUGAUGACCUCCCCAAAACUCACAGAAGAAAACUGAAAAUUAAUGGGGAGAUGUGGUGCUACAAGAAACCAGGGUUUGAAGCCCUCCUCCUCACUGAGCUGCAGAGACAGCAACAGUGCAGCCAGUUCUGCGACACUCUGCUCAAGACGGAAGGUGUAUCAGUGCCAGCACACAGCUGUAUCCUCUCAGCGCUCAGCCCCCACAUCUCCUCCGCUCUGUCCUCCACGCCGCCGCCACCUGCGGGACAGAACCGUCUCUUGGAGUUUCGGGCUCUCGGCGCCUGCACCCUGCCCCACAUGGUCCGACUGCUGUACUGUGGAGAGAUGGCAGGGGAGGGGGAGAUGGAGAAACAAGAGGCCAUCUCUGCUGCAGCCAAGCUGGGCAUCCACGGGCUGGUGGAGGUCACAAGAAGAGAUCAAGAGGGCAGGAAUGAGGAAGGCUGGCGCGCGGAGGUGGGGGUGCAGACGGAGCCACUGAUGCCUGAGGAGAAUGAGGGGAGACGGGGCAGGUGGAAGAGAGAAGUGACGGAUGAGAGCACCUUCCUGUGGAAAGAGAAGCAGUUAGAUGGUAGAAAAGACACAUGGACUCAGACAGAACAGCUGCAAUUAAAAUCAGAUCCUCCUUCCUACCCAGCAGCCUCCUUUGAGACCAUCGAUAUGAAGGCUUUCCAGGGUUUAGGACAGACCGACUCCCAUCUUGCUCCCCUUCGAAUUCCCUACAUCCCCAUAUCCCUCCUCUUCCCAUCAGAUGAAAACCAAGUAUACCAACCUUCCUCUGCUCUAGUGGACUCCAUGCAGGAAUCCACAGCAGCUGGACACACAGCUGUUGCACCGCCGCACGCCUUCGUCCCUCCAGCCCUGCUUCCUUUUUCCAGUCAUGUGACCUCAGGUCCCGCUGACCUUCAGAGCUGGUGGGCUGGCCUUCAAGGAGCAACCAGGGAGGUCACAGCAGCUGAAGAAUGGGGGGACGAGCGGUUAGAGCAUUUUCAGGGCAACAUCCCAGGAUACAUCAGCUACUUCCUGAACCCGGAUAAGAAGGAGGGCUUCGGUAGGGGGCGAGCUAGGAGGAGGCCGGGUGCAGGAGUGGGAGGUGCCAGGAGGGCUGCGACAGGUGAGAGAAGAGCCAGGAGACCACGAGCAAGAACAGGAGGAAGAGGGAGAGGAGGUUUGACGCAGACGGUGGAUGUCCAGGAUGUCGGGGUGAGCAGGCUGCAGAAGUUGUUCCUUCAGAGGUGGGGGCCGUCCAGAGCCGGUCAGGGCGGAGGAGCUGUGGGCCGAAAGUUGUACCUGAAGACCAGAGAGCUUCUGAAAUCAGCCAAGAGCAGUCAGAGGAGAAGAGGGCGCGGCAAAGUGUGGGAGUUCAGCCAGAGUGGAGACGUGCCGCUCCACAGUGAUGGAGGAGGAGGAGGAAACACGCAGCAGUUUAACCAGUUACAGGAUGGUCUUCCUGUCGGCCGGGCGAGGAGGGCGAGGGCCAAACCAACAGCACCCGUUUCCUUUUCCUCCCCCAACAUACGAUUCUACAAUGUCCUCAGCCCCACCAUCCAGCCUUCUCCGUCACCCGGCCUGCAGUCACCUGCAGCCUCCUACGUGCCUCCACCAUCGUCCCUCCUCCUCAGCACCUCCCUCCCUCCUCCGGCUCCUCCACCUCACGAGGAACCGCCCGAACACUUUGAUCGUCUGCUGGAGGAAGUGAUGAUGGGCCUCGACAUUUUACCAAACAACGCCGGUGCUCCACAUUCUCAGCCUCCUCCUCCGACAGGUAGCAGCAGCUACACCUCCUGUGGCGAUGCUGUAGUCCAAAACAAACACCACCACCGUACCGCCGGCCUCCUGGAGGCAAGUCCAGGUUUUCAUGGAGCCACGCAGGUUGUCGCUAAAUCAAGAGGAGAUGUCAGCGCCGGCCUGAAGAAAUACAGAAAAAACAAGACUAACAGACGCUCUCAGAUAACUGAACUGCAACUCCUGCUAGAUUUUAUUUUGUGUGUCUUAGUGGACUGUGCACUUCCCUGGAUUAUCGUCAGCGGCGGUAUCCAGUACACAGCCGCUGAGAGCGAUGAAGCUGAAACACUGGAGAGAUGUUCACAGCCACGCAAGACUUCUGCUCGCCGCGCCGCUCCCCCCAAAAACACUGAGGAAUCACCAGUGAAAGUCAAAGCGCCGGCUAAAAAACGGAAGAAGAGAAGAAAAAACGAGUAUCUCCUCUCACUGGAGAGAAAGAGGGUGAGGGUGAGUAAGCCGGUGUCAUCGAGUGACGUGAAGACCAAAGAUGUUCAUGAUGACAAAAGAGACAAGCAGCUGCAGCAGAGAGCUGUGGUGAAACUGGAGAGCAGAGGUCAGCUGCCAGCCAGAGUUACUCUGCAGAAACACAGCUGUCUGCAAGUCAAGACUUUUCAGAGACCUGAAAAAGCAAAGACCAGUUCAGCAUCAGUGAAAGACCCACGGGACUCCUUCAGCACAAAGACAUACCCCAUCAGGAGUAGGUUUACAGACGCACACAUCCUGGACAGUUCGCCCUUUCUUGAGGAGCCACUUCAGAUGACACGGACACCCGCAGAAGGCCGAGCAAACUGCAGCCGAGACAAGCCAAAUAGAAAAGUACAACUUCUCAGUUUAUUUAGUGCUGAGAGUUCAACGGUACAAAUUCAGCCGCAGCCUUUGGAGCCAUGUGGCACAGAGGAACCACUAGAGAAAGAUCAAGAGAGACAUGAGGGAGACAAUGCUGCCAGGCCACAAGAAGAAGCAGAGGGAGCUACAAAGAGGGGAGGGAAGAGGGGAGCAGAGUCGGAGGAGGUGACGAGUGAUGAAUCCACAGCGUCCAAGAGGAUUUGCUUUGAGCAAAUGACCCAUUCAGUGUCUGAAACAUUCAGACCAAGCCCUCAGUCUGCAGACUCCGAACCAGCAACCAGAGAGAUAAAGGACAUUUCGCUAACCAGUGUAAGACCUCAUUUACAAAUAGAAGACCGAGAAAGUUUGAUGGAUGAGGAGAUGGAGAUAAUCGAUGUGGACGGAGGCCCUGAAGAUGACCGCUGCUGGAGCAGAACAGCGCCAACUCUGUCACAUUUUGCCGGAGUCACGCCUUCGGUUUCACCAUCUUCACGUUCAGCAAAAGAGGUUUGUCUGCGGUCGACAAGAAGCUGGGAAGAGGACAAAGACGAGGACAUUGAUGUGAUUGGCGGUUCCAGUCCCGUCCCCGAGCCGGUGAUCAUCAGCUGGACCGAGUCCUCAGAAGGCGAAGAAGAGGAAGGAGCCGAGGACAUCGAUGUUGUCGGAGAAAAGACAGACUACGCUUUAUCAGCGGACUUCACUACUGUGAGUAAACGUGAGCUUGUUACCAGAAAAUAUCAGACAGAGGUGCUCUUACAUUAGCAUUUGUGACAUCCUGUUUUUCUUUUCUACUCAUCUCCUUCAGUUUAUUUUCAUUUUAAAUUUCCCAGAAGACAUUUGUUUCAUUUAACUGUGAGUUAAAGGGCAGGUAGAGAGAUAGAUUAAUAGUGAUCAAGACAAAUGUGAUUUCAGUGUAAAUGUCUUCUGUUUUUAUUAUGUUCACCUCCCUGUGCAAACACUGACAAUCACAUGAGGGAUUUUUGUUUUCCUAUCCCACCAAAGUUUGGAAAAAAAGAGGUGUGAGCAACAUGUUAGCUCUUUGUUUAGAUUGUAAAACAGAAAAGAUAAGACGUGCAAGAUAAUGCAUAAAGACACUUUGAUCAGCAACAAACUAACAUAACUGUGAGGUUUAUAUGCAGCUAAUGAGUUUCAGCUCUUGAGUUGAGGUCAGAGGUGUCUUGGAUUGUUUGUUUAUUUUUGUACUUUGAAGAUAUUUAGACAUUGAUUUUAUGCAAAGAAUUUCAAAGUUGUUACUGCUAAAUCCAGUAAUAUGCGAUUGUUAAACAGAUAUGUUCAGCAAAGUUUGUUUUAACUGUCAAGUGUUGAAAACAACACCAACCGAACAGUUUAGAAAGAAGAAAUAUCAGGUUAAUGCACCGUCAAGGAGUUAAGUGUUUUAUUAGUUAUGACUAUGACUGUUUUAGUUUUAUAUAUAAUUCAUAAUUUCAUCCUGUGUUCUGCCACAGUUUGUAAAUGUUCCAGGUAAACUUGUGUUUUCAUUGUUUUAUU